AUGUCUUCACCCGUAGACCAACUACAGCCGCUGCCGACUGACGUCUCCCAGCAAUCUGCCUACACAGCCCAUACGGGUCGCGGGUCGGUUGGACCCUUAAUUGCUGUUCUUGCCGUAAUCACAAUACUCGGAGUCAUAGCGGGUAUGAUUGGAAGGCUCUGUUCGGGUCGCCCAGUUUUCGGUCAUGGAGAGUACGAUUUUGAGGGCUGGCUAGAGCGAAAUUGCUCCUCUUGCAUUGAAGGGAGGGUUGACUUGAAUCCUACCCUGGCCCGAAGAGCGGCAGCUGAUGGUGGUGGUGGUGCUGCUGCUGAGGAGGCUCCGGUGGAGCAGACCCAACAAGAGAUUAAAGAAGAAAGUCAAGAAACAGAACAUGAACAGAAACAACACGUACAAGAGCAAGAGCGAAAGAAUUCACAUGGACAUGGAACUACAACAAACCAAUCUUGA